AGAAGUGCGCAUGAUCGUCGAAGAGGCUAAGGAACAAGAUCGUGGGGUUCUCUGUCAACACCCUUCCCCCUCCCCCCAGUUCCCUCCACCAUCCCUAUGUCGUCACCAUUGCCGUCUCACCGUCGUGUGUUCCUCCUUCUGCCGCCGUAGUCGAAGCCGCAGACAUCACAAAAAAUUAUCUCUUCCCACCACCACCUCCACCUCCUCAUUUGAACCGAAGCUCGAAGCUGUUAUCGACCUCACUCCCUUAACCGCUUUCCAAUCUGAACUUCGACGACGGUUCCUAUCUUCUGGCAAAGACGCUUACCAAGAUUUGCAAACCUUGGUCACUCUCGACCACAAUCGGAGGUUUUCGUCUUGGCGUCGUAACACGUCUAGCCAUAAGCUUGUUGUGGUGCGGAGGGACCGAAGUCUCGGCGGAAAAGAGGUGGUUGUUGCAUGGGGUCAGAGAAGUGACACGAAUCCGUUAUCAGUGCUGGUUCGGGACUCUGUGAAGCGCUCUGUGAAGAAAAAGGUGGUUCUGUUCCAAAGGAAAUUGCCCAAAUGUUGGUCAACUGUAAUCAAUUCCAACGCUUCUGUAAUCAAUUCCAACGCUUCUGUUUUUGACGCCAAUGAGCAGGAGGAAUACAAGAGAGAGGCUUAUAGAGUGGUUCGAGGUUCGCAUCAUUUGAUUCGUUAG